AGCCUGAACAAUCCUGCAGUCUGAAUGAGGCGGCUCGAGAGUAAACAAGCAUCCCUAAGGUUUCCUAUAUGAUUACAUGGGCUAGCAGAGACAUACAGCCUGUAGGGUCAGGAUAAGCUCUACCUACAUAUGAGGCAAGGAGGGAAAUAAAAUAGUUUUUAAACUACUGAGGAUGGCUACUUCCAGUAAUUCCAGCUUAUCUGGGUCUUCUGUUUCAUCUGAUGGUGAUGAAUACCAGCCACCAAUAUGGAAGUCAUACUUGUAUCAGUUACAGCAAGAGGCACCGAGGCCCAAAAGAGUUGUCAGUCCCCGGGAGGUUGAGAACAGGCCAAAAUACUAUGGAAGAGAGUUCCAUGGGAUGAUCUCUCGUGAGCAAGCUGAUGAACUUCUUGGAGGAAUGGAGGGAGCAUACCUCAUACGGGAAAGUCAGCGACAGCCUGGCAGCUAUACAUUAGCACUCAGGUUUGGUAAUCAGACAUUGAACUAUCGCCUGUUCUAUGAUGGGAAGCAUUUUGUGGGAGAGAAGAGAUUUGAGUCAAUCCAUGAUUUAGUAACAGAUGGCUUAAUAACUCUGUACAUUGAAUCCAAAGCUGCUGAAUAUAUUUCAAAAAUGACUACCAACCCUAUUUAUGAGCAGAUUGGAUAUGCUACUAUGCUGAAAGAAAAAGUUUCCAAAAGGCUCAGUAGAGCAAGACACAAUUCCAAGAAAACAGCUCUAAUGAAUGAAGAAAAUUCCUCAGUAGAAAAGAUCACCUCACUGGUCCGAAGAGCUGCUCUAAAACAGAACGAGAACUGCUACAACUAUGAAAAAGCACACAACUUCAAGGUGCACACAUUCCGAGGCCCACACUGGUGUGAAUACUGCGCUAAUUUUAUGUGGGGACUCAUUGCUCAGGGAGUCAGAUGUUCAGACUGUGGUCUAAAUGUACAUAAACAGUGUUCCAAGUUUGUGCCGAAUGACUGCCAACCAGACCUGAAGCGGAUCAAGAAGGUUUUCAGCUGUGACCUCACUACUCUGGUGAAAGCACACAAUACGCAGAGACCCAUGGUUGUGGACAUGUGUAUUCGGGAAAUUGAAUCACGAGGUUUGAAGUCAGAAGGGCUUUAUCGAGUCUCAGGGUUUUCAGAACAUAUUGAAGAUGUUAAAAUGGCCUUUGACCGAGAUGGAGACAAAGCUGAUAUCUCUGCAACCAUAUACGCAGAUAUUAACAUCAUCGCAGGGGCUCUGAAGCUGUAUUUUCGGGAUUUGCCAAUUCCAUUAAUUACCUAUGAUGCCUAUGCAAAAUGUAUAGAAGCUGCAAAAUUAUCUAAGACAGAUGAAAGACUUGAAAUGAUCCAUGAAGCACUGAGUUCACUGCCUCCUGCACAUUAUGAGACACUGAGGUAUCUGAUGACACACCUUAAAAAGGUAACACUGUGUGAAAAGGACAACUUCAUGAAUACUGAAAAUCUUGGAAUUGUUUUUGGUCCUACAUUGAUGCGGCCUCCAGAGGAGAAUACUCUAACAACACUGAAUGAUAUGCGGUACCAGAAACUAGUUGUGCAACUUCUCAUUGAAAAUGAAGACAUUUUGUUUUGAAGAAAUGAAGUAGCAUGCAUUGGCUCUGAAAUGGCUGCUUAAAAGCUGUCCAAAACAUUUCUUUAAAAGUUCAUCUGAACUUUAAAUGUCUGCGCUUUUGCAGUGAAAUGCCAAAAGGUUUUAUAAAGCACGUGGCUUAUUGACAAAUGUCUUUUAUGUGAAAUUGAAGGCUCAGAAAAGUCAAGUAGCCUUUUCUAUCUAUCUGUCUGUUUAUCUAGCUUUCUAUCUAUGAGUAUCCUACUGGUGGAUGAAGCUUGAUCGCUUGAGCUUAGACUGCCUGAGCUUCAACUAACCAGUGAUCACACUUCCCCUAUAGGAAAUCACUGUCAGUCAGUUGUGUAAGACGUAAUAAUUCCCUUUUAGGGUGAAUUCCCCCUUCUUUGAGUAAGUGCAACAUCAGAGUUAGUGUAUAUGAUUGCGGGUAUAGUUGGGCUUGCUCCCUGCAAAAAUAAAAGCAUUUUUGCAUGAGAGGUUUUCAGCGACUGCAGUUAUGGGAUUACGAUCGUUGGUGCAUUUGCUUCCCACUUGUAGUGGAAGUAUCUAUCUGUAUCUCUAUUUCUUUCUUUCUUUCUGCCUUUUUUAAUUCUCUUUCUGUCUUCUUUUCCUUCUUUUUUUCUUUCUUUAUCCGUAAGACCCUUUUUUCAAUUUGCAUUUUAGCAGGCAGAUACUACUAAGACUACUAUGUAUAGUAGACAUGGGCAAUUUUCCCAUUUUUGUGAAAUAAGAACUGCAUGUUAUGCAUUACUUUUCAAGUUAUGUCAUUUUGUUUAAUUUAUAUGUAAAAUGUACUUUUGUAAAAAUAUCUAUUUUUGUUCUGUAUAUAUGGAAUACUACUGUUGUUUCCUCCACCACCAUAUUAAAGUGCUUUUGUCAUAAAAAUCAAGAAAAACUGAAAGAAAACAAAGAAAGAUAUAAUUAUUAAAUAUAAUUAUUUUUACACUCUAUGUGAGAUUGUUUCAAAAGGUCCCGCAUGUUCCAUGUUUUAAGUAAGGAGUUGCUAACUAGGUAGAAUCAUCACAAAAAUGGCUUUUUAACGCCAGACCCUAGUUACUUAGUUAAAUAAGGAAAUUGAUUUUUGAAUAAUAAUAAUAUUCCAGCAGGCCUGGUGAUAUAAGAUUAGGGUAACUGGCUGCAGCGCCUGUAUCCAGGUCUGUAUAUGAGCCAUAUUCAGAUGGCUGCUGUAAUAAUCUAACACAAAGACCAAUUUGCUGGUUGUAACAAUAGCUCAGGAGCUGGUCUGUGACCAGCCCUAAAAAAAGUUACAAUCACUUUCAUCUGCUUCAUUUAAGGACACUGGUAGAUGUUAAUAUAGUGCAUGCCUGAAGCAGUAUAUACACAAGCAUACAAAAGCCCUAAUAAUGGAAUUUAACAGGAACACCACUUGUCCUGUUCCAUUAAUAAUUCUGUGAUGACAGUAUGCCUCGCUGGCAAGCAAUUGAUUGGGCUGUCUGAAGAGCAUUGACAUCUGAUUACCCAACCACCACCAGGUGACCCUGAGACAGGGAAAGCGAAUGAAAGAGAAAGAAAGAAGAGAGUUGUGGUGUGGAGAGGGUGAGCUGUCAGGUUUACACCAAUGACUAGGAGAAUUUUGGUGGCACUCAAAUUGUAGGGCUCACUCUAUGACUGAGUUAGGAUCAACACACAUAAAACAGACUAAGUAGAAGUAAUAAUAAUAACAGCGAUGUAUUUUCCAUUUCUAUUUUUGUAUUAUAGUUAUAAUGAAAGUGGCACAAAAAAUCUAUGCAGAAUGGCCAUGUAGAACAUAUUGUAUUUUACAGAUAGCAUUUUAAUAACUCCUGAUUUAAUAAAUGCAUUGAUCCACAAACCAGUUAACAACUUGACAUCUUUCACUGUAUGCCACAUUGAUUAAGAACAUGAUGUAUUUAGGUAUACACACUAUCUUUUCCCUAUCGUAGAUUUUUUAUGCACCUUUAGUUAUACCCACUGUUACCUUUCUUGGCCAUAGCGAAUACCAAACCUUCUUGCCGUAAGAUACCUCAUGCACUCAUGAUAGACCUUUUGAGGUCACAAUGAUGUACAUGAGGAGUAUCAAGCAUUACCUGUUAAGUAUUUUACUGCGGCACUGCUGAGCAGUGUUUUUGUCCCUGCUGAGAUGAAUUUCUGCAAGCGAUACUUGGAUACUGGCCAGUUAUCAUACAGCAAGAUGCUAAAAUGACUACAGAUUUAUGGGCAGCUUUUUGUGUCAAAAUGUUCUUAGGGAAUAGACUCAUGCUGACAUUUCCAUAUAUUUAUUAACAAAUAAUUAGAUAAGUAGUUUAUAAUGCUGUGAGAGAAAUUUCUGCAUUGAUCCUAGUGAUGUAGUAUGUCUGAUUUCUCCAGUUCUGCAGGUAAUAAGUAAUUAUAAAAUGCAUGCUGUGUAGGAGAAUAUUGUCAUCAAAACAAGCAAACAAAUGGAGUGAAACACAAAAAGGAGACAGAAAAGGCCAGAACCAAGCCCAAAUAUUAGCCUAUUAAUAAUGGUGAUGGAGAGGUUGUGCUGUUUCAGAAACAGUAUUGUUGACUGUAGGAGAUAACUUGCCUUGCAUUGUAAGGUAAGAAGGUGAGAUGUCUUGUUUGUUCAAUAAAAUGCACUCUCUGUCUAACAUGCACAUACCCUGGGGUGUCUUUUACAAGCUGUAAGAUAGCAACUUUGAAAUGGAUGUAAUGAAUGUGGAAUAACAAAGGUCUGAAAGCUCAGCAUUUUAACCUAUAUUAUUCUUAAAUAAUGCAUAGUUCUGUGAACUGAUAUUUCCAGAUGUGCAUCUGUGCUUCUCUUUUAAUUUAAUGAUGGAAUGUAUUGCACACUUGAGUUAUUUUUUGCGUAAGUGAAAUAAGGUACUCCAUAUGAUGUUCUCUACUCAUAGCUGGCCUUAGGCAUUGACAAACUAGGUGUCCGCCUAGGCGCCGCUCUAGCACGGGCACUUUUCCAGUAAUCUGGAUGGUGUAGAUAGACCAGGAUGGGGGUAGCAGGUGGUAUGGGGGGCACUGUGGAGCCCUUAUGUCUAGGGCACCAGUUGACCAAAGGCCAUCCCUGCCUGUACUGUAAUAACUGGACUUUUGUGGGUUGGGGGUCCUCAGUUUUGCCUAAUAUAUCUGGCCAUAUAGAGGGUGUUAGUAAACCUAUUACACAUUUAGGAACCAUGUGAAUGCAGAUAUAUUAUCCCAGACUAUUACAAGUCAGGAACGUGACUGCCCCCACCCCCCGGAAAUUAAAGCUAGCACUUUUUCCUUCUGCUUGAAGCUGAUGAGUUUUGUGUAUUUGUAAAACAAGAUCUAUGUUUUCAGUAUCACAGAUCUUAUAUUUUUGACAGCAACAUAAGUAUAGGUAAAUAUUUCAGUAUUGUUCAUAUGUAUAUAAAAAAUUCUUUAAGUUGCUUACUCUUUUAUCCUUACUGUUCUAUCUUUCUCAGAAAUAAAUGUCUGAGUGUCCAGAGUUGGUAAGUCGCCAUUUGGUAGCUGUGUUUUUCAAAUGCUUGCAUUUCCUUACCAAAUAUUGGCCUACAGAGACAGUAUUAAAAUAUUUUUUUAUAAAAAUGUCAUUAUUCUGUUUAUCAUUGUCUGACUUUCUGUGAGAGAAUUUGCUGAAAAAAAAAAAAAAAAAAAAAAAACAAGUGCUGCUCAUGUACUUGUAUAUCUCACUGGACACAAAGUUUAAAGAACACAUUUCUAUGUUUCCAAAUUUAAGGAAACAGCAUUGUUUUAUUGUAGUACUUAAUAAAUUGUGGUCAGCACUGUUCAAGUUGGCUUUAUCGUUAAACAACAGCUGUUUCUUUUAAGGUAUUUAUGGUACUUGUUUCCUAAUGACAUUCUUUAUAAAAUGCUGAGUUGGAGGGGUGAGGGGUAAGGUCUGUAGCUCAGCCAGGGUAAUAUCUUUGGAUAUAGUGAGCAUUGUAAAAUUAUUGGAAUGCAGGGAAUAUUUCUCAAGAUGUACAUUUCUUUUGGUGUAAGUCCAUUUUCCAUUAUUCUGGUCUGCCUGUUUUACUUUGUGAAGCAUACUGCAAAACUUGAUUUGUAACUUAUUUUAAUGUUUGAUGAGAAGCAAACAAAAAUAAAUGAUUUUUUUUUCCAAUUA